CUCAACGUUCGCGGAAGGUUGUGUUGUUGAGUUUCUGAGCGUCAAUCUCAUGCGGCCUCGUCGCGAAAAUCCAGUUCACACAUGUUUAUUCGGGUCCGGGAGAAUAUAUCCAACAACAUACUGAGUUAAUAACGCUCAUGGACAUGGAAGCGGUGAACGCCUUUAACGGGGAGAUGAUGUCCAUGAUGGACAUGACUCCCCCAAUCUCUCGAGCCAAAAUGAUGUCUGUAACCAAAGCAGGAAUCAAAGCUAUCAAGCUUUACAAGCACGUUGUUCAAAUCGUGGAGAAGUUCAUCAAGAGGUGUAAACCAGACCUAAAGGUUGCUGGUCUGUAUGUGGUCGACUCAAUUAUCCGACAGUCCCGCCAUCAGUUCGGCACAGACAAAGAUGUGUUCGGUCCGAGGUUUUUGAAAAACUUCACACUUACUUUUCAGAACCUUUUCCAGUGCCCCGCUGACGAUAAGGGGAAGAUAUUGCGCGUGUUGAAUCUGUGGCAGAAGAAUGACGUGUUCAGCAUGGACAUCAUUCAGCCGCUGUUAGACAUGGCCACAGACUCUGUACUAUCUGUUGUGGAGAAUGGAAUCCCAGCUGCCGCGCCUCCAGCCGUGCCAAUGGCAGUGCCAGAGCCGGCACCGGCACCAGCUGUUGCAGCGGCAGCGGCCCCGCCCACCCUUCAGAACCCAGUGUCCCUUGCUGCAGUCGCCCAGCUCCUCCAGGGCACGGGGGGCGUCGAGCAGCUGCUCCAAACUCUCCAGCAGGCCGGAGGGGCGGGGCUUCCUCAGCCCACUGCCCCGCCCCCUGAGCAGAAAACAUCAUUAGCUAAGUCUCUGCUGGAUCGAUUUGAUUAUGAUGAUGACCCUGAACCUGUGGAGGAAAAGACUGAACCAGCUCCUGCUGCUCCCAUUACCAUAAACCUUCCCCCAGAAUUACAGCAAGCCCUGCAAGCUCAUCUUCUAAGCCAAAUUGUUAGCCAGACGCAGAUGCAGGGUCAGAUGGUGUCGCAGAGUCAAGUGGCAUCCCAGGGUCAGGUGGCACCUCAUGAGUUCCCAGUGAUAGUUCAGACCCAGAUACCAGAUAACACUCCUCAAGUCUUUGAUGAGAGCAUCAUACAACCCAGUACAAUCCAGCAGCUACAGCAGGCUUCAGCUGAGACCGAACGCUCAGUGCAUGAUGGAAGAGAUCGAAGACCCAGCAGACGGACGAGAUCAAGGUCUCCACGGAGACGAUCGUCAUCACGCUCACGAAGAUCACGGUCCGGUUCACGUUCCCGCCGAGAACGGUCGAGGUAUCACCGCACACGCUCCCGAUCCAGAGAGCGUCGAGGCCGUUCCCCACAGGCGCGAUCUGAGGAGAGGAGAGACAGGGAGAAAGAGCGAGAGCGGCGACAGAAAGGACUUCCGCCUGUCAAGAAGGAAACUCUCAGUGUGUGUAGUACUACACUAUGGAUCGGACAGCUGGACAAAAAGACUCAGCAGCAGGACAUCAUGAGUCUGAUGGAGGAGUUUGGACAGAUCGAGUCCAUCAAUAUGAUUCCUCCCAGAGGUUGUGCCUACAUUGUCAUGGUGCACAGACAAGAUGCCAACACGGCCCUGAAUAAACUCAGCAGAGGGGUUGUUAAAGUCAACCAGAAAACUAUUAAGAUCGCAUGGGCGUUGAAUAAGGGCAUAAAGAUGGACUUGAAGAAGUUUUGGGACAUGGAGCGGGGCGUCACGUAUAUCCCAUGGGAUAAAGUGAAACCCAAUGAUAUUCGAAGUCUUCAGGAAGGAGGCAUGCUUGACGCUGAAACACUCAAACCAGAGUGGAAAAGUUUUGUGGCCAAUCCGGCUGUGCCAGUAACAGAAGGACCUGAAGGAAAACAGGAAGACGGAGCUGCACUACCAGCGGUAUCACAGGUAAAAUACGAGGGGUUUCCUAUAGAACUCCUCAAGGGCGUUCAGUGUCUCGGUCAAUUUUUCUGCUCUCGUCUUUUCACGUCUUCGACAUAUGGGAGGCAAACAAUGUUUCUGUGUUCUUUGCUUUGCACUGACGCUUUACUGGUGCAGGGUUGCCAUCAUUUCUGGCAAGUGAAGAGCCAUAGAGCACAAAAUAAAACAAGGUUAGUGUCAUGACUGUCUAGUUUUCUUUCCGUGUUUCAGUGGCAUCGCUUUCAAUGAUGAAUUUUGUCACAACACGGUCACUGCUGUUCUGUAGUAGAGCUGAUUUUGCUUAAAUGUGUCUAUAUUGAACAUUCCAUGACGUUUGACAUUUUGCACACAGUCUCAAAGGCUCUUCUAAAUCUGUCGUAUAUGUUUUGGAUGGACUAGGUUGCUUUUUAAGAAACUUUUGAUACAUCGUUGUUUGAUAUGACUUACAAAUGUUUUGUUACAUUGCUGCUUGAAUAGUUACCCAAAAAAAAAUAUUUGCUGAAACUUCAUUCACCUUCAGGCCCUCCAAGAUGUAGAUGAGUUUUUCUUGUACUUAUUUGG